CUAUCUUCUAAGCAAGGAAAGAUAUAUAUAUGUAUAUAUAUAUAUAUAUUCCUGAUAAGAAAUAUUGGUUUCAUGCGUUAUCUUGGAAUGAUGUUGAUGCUGCUGCUCAUUCCUGAUUUUUCUUAUCAGAAUUCCAUGAGUUGAACUAGUUUAUCUAACCAAGAAGCUUCACUUCUUUAUCUUGUAAUAUCUUUGGUCCACUUACAGUUUUAGUUGCAGAGUUAUGGGAAGGACUCCAUGUUGCAAUGCAGACGGUCUAAAGAAAGGUGCAUGGACAGCUGAUGAGGACCAAAAACUCAUCGCAUACAUUCAAGAACACGGCGAAGGAGGCUGGCGAACCUUGCCUCAGAAAGCUGGUCUCCAGAGAUGUGGAAAGAGCUGCAGACUGAGAUGGGCUAAUUAUCUUAGGCCUGAUAUUAAGAGAGGAGAGUUCAGUACAGAAGAGGAGCAAAAGAUCAUUCAACUCCAUGCUUCACUGGGGAACAGGUGGUCAGCUAUAGCUAGGCAUCUCCCAAACCGAACGGACAACGAGAUCAAGAAUUAUUGGAACACACAUCUCAAGAAACGAUUAGCCGAGACGGGUAUUGAUCCCGUGACUCACAAGCCAGUUGGUCCCUCUUCCACCCCAACCGCUACCGCUAUUAGCAGCUGUAGCGCUGCCCACAUGUCUCCACAAUCUGAACUUGCCCAACCUACUUUAAGGCCUGCAGCUUCGGCUUCAACUCAAGCCCAGCUGCUCAACAGACUAGCAGCUAAGCUGGCGCCAUCAAAAUGCCUCCAGGCAAUAAAAACAAGCCAGAAUCUUGUUCAGGUCUUGUCCACAGAAGCUGAAAAAGAUGUUGUGGACGUUAGUAUCAGCACCCCAGACAUGCCAAAGAGGCCUAUUUCUAGUACUUCUGCUCGACUGCUAAACACAAUGGCCCGUAGACUUACGACGCCAUUACACUGCCUUAACACGUUAAAAUCUAUCCUUUCGGGCUCUUCGGAUGAUCAAUCUGCAGGUAAUAAAGUUAUUGAGCCUUAUCAUGACUUUAUGCAUCGUUCUGCAUCUGCUUCAAGCCUUUCAGAGGCUGCCUCUGAUAUGUCAAGAUCCAAUGCCAUAUCCACCCAUGAUUUUUCACCGUUAAUGGAGUCUUUUGAUCUUGACAUGCUUAAAGAUUGGAACGGGGUGAGUGACGGCGGUGUUUCGAGCACUAGCAUGGGUGACACCUAUAGCAGCUGCUGGGAGUCUCCGGUGUCUCCCCUCAAUAAUUUUAUCAAGAAUAAUAAUGCAGCAUCGACAUUUUCUGGUAGUGAAUCAAUAGGUGAAGUUAACGAUGCAUUGAUCACAGCGAGAACGUAUGACAGAGAGAUGACAUUUGGACACACACAAUACGAUUAUUAUUUCCUGGAUGGCUUCUCCAAUUUUUGUAUUAAUGGCGUUUCUAGUUGCAGUGAAGAUUCACAUGAAGGCAAGGUUUUCGAAGAUGCUACAUAUUCUUGGAAUAACGACCCAUUUAUUGAGAAUUAUCAACUUCCGGAUUUGGAUAUCUUUUGAGUUGGUGUAAUAUGUUCCUAGUUUUAGCUUCUCUUACUUCAAUUUUGUGUAGUGUAGAUAAAUAAAUAUCCCACCUUUUGACUCGGUUGAGAAAAUAAAAUUUUGUAAGAUACAUGAAAAUCCAUCCCAA